AACACGCCUGAAGCUCAAGCGAUCCCACAAAAAACCUUCAUACCCCUCCCCCUUCCCAGCCCUCUACCACGUCCCAUGUCGACCGCUCUGUCUGGCCGUUUCAACUUUACCCACCCGUCAUCUUCCUCCCCCCACGAUCCUCGCGACCGUCGCAAACACGACAAGAAACACCGACAGCCCGCUUCUGCUGCUUCUUCUUCGUCCACCACUUCCCCUGCCGUCAUCGAAGCCAACCUUGUUUCCCUUGGCCUCGUGAGCAGCUCCCGCAAGUCCAGGAAGAAGGCUAGCACCAGCACCAGCAGCAAGCACUCCAAACCCUCUUCUUCUUUCAAACCCAAGGCCGUCGGGUUUGGAUCGCCGCUGGCCACUUCCUCUCCCAGAGGCCUUCGUCCCAGCUCUCGGAAUUCAAAUUCCAAAUCCCACAACUAUCACGCCUCCUCCAACUCGCUGCAAUCCUUUGGUGCUGCUGGUGGUAACCACUCGUCGUCGUCCCGCCACCACCAGUACUCCAGCAGCAACAGCACCAGCAACAACAACAACAACAACAACGGCUACUCGAGGUCCGGCGGCCACUCCCACUCGCCCAGCUUCGCCUCCCACUCCCCCCAAAGCGCUGCCACGCUUGACGCUCAGCGGCCGGUCCGGUCAGCCAGAGGCAUGGCCGGAGUUCUCGACAUCGAGAGGUCGCGCACCCGCCGCGAGCGCACCUACAUUGGCUCCGAGUGCACCGUCUGCGAGGAGAGCCUCGAGUACACCCUCCGCGGCGAGCGCAUAUUGCAGCUCUCGUGUGGUCAUGUUUCGCACGAAGCCUGCUUCUACGAGUACAUUCGCGAGUUCGAAUCACAGCACUGCCCAACCUGCAAUGCGACAUUAGGGCUGGAUACCAGCCGAGGAGGCAAUGUGCUCAAUCUAGAAAAAUUGAGUACCAUGGUGCGCUCUGUACAGUCGGACAAUGGCUCCUCACAGGGACAGCGCAGCAACCAGAACACCCCCACACCCUGGGAGACGCAGACGGUCAAAUCGGGCCCAUCGGAAAACACCGGACGACCUCGAAACGACAGCGACCUCAGCCGCGGCUACCAAUCUACAUAUGCUUCUUCCAGAAAUAGGGACAUGGACGGCAGCAUGCACCACAGGGACUCGGAUCGCAUACCAGAGAGAACCAACUCGGUGUCGACGCGGCAGCACCACAUGCGCAGUGACAGCGGCGCAACCGGGGUGGCUUCUUCGGCGGAUUACUCCAAUACCCACGAUGGCCGCCACCCGUACGAUCUGCAGAGCAUGGAAUCCUCCUUGUCUCCACGCGGCAUGAUCAAGAGCCCCAUCCCACCGCCCACGGUUACGGUCCGCAGCGAAUUCCCCACGCUCAGCAAGUCACGGCAACAGCAGAGCCUGACGUGUUUGGUGACGGUCGAGGUGGUAGACGGCAAGUGGCGAGCUGAUCCGGAUGAUAUGCGCUCUGCCCCGCCGAUUCCCUCAUCUGCCGCAGCCCACGCGGGGAGCGCCAACCGCGCCAAAUCGCCAGGCCAGCCUCGUCCCUUCGACACGCCCUACGAAUCCGACGAGGUGCUGGAGGAAAUCACAGAGGACUUGCACUCUCGCGUCGACAACUGGCACGGACUGGAUUUCUCGCGCUUCGGAAAAUUGAGGCUCCAUGGUCACGUGCGCGUCGGCAAGGACCGCCAGUCGUGGCAGGAGCUCGAGUGCUACCUCUUCUCCGAGAUGCUCAUCUGCGUCAAGGAGAAGAAGGUUCUGCAGCAGGCCCAGUGGGAGGGCUCCUCGUCUUCUACCAAGAAGACAAAAUGCACACUCAAGGGCUCCAUCUUGAUCAAAAAGCAUCUGAACCAGGUCGAGCACUCCCCCGACGACGCCAUUCUCACCCUCAGUCUAUCUGUUGCCGAACUACCCUCUUUCCACCUUCAAUUCCAGAAUCGCAGCCAGCUCGAGCUCUGGAGACGCGCCCUGAUGGACAUCCGCAUGGACUUCCCGCAACCGAAACGCACCAACAACGACUACGACCAGGACAACUCUGGGACCGAAGACGAGGAUAUGCGCCGUCCCAAGCGUGUAUCGUCCGUAGCCUCGUCUUACGGCGCGGCCAGAUCGACCGUCACAGCACCUACAGAAUACACAAACUCUCGCGCAGGAAUGCCCGACCCCCGCCCUUCCGGCGCCCUGCAUGUACCACUGGACAUUGUGGUGGUCAUCCCCGUGUCCUCAUCUAUGCAGGGCCUCAAAAUCAACCUACUGCGCGAUACGCUCAAGUUCCUAGUGCAUAGUUUGGGCGAGCGGGACCGUAUGGGUCUCGUCACCUUCGGAUCCAGUGGCGGCGGUGUUCCGAUUGUCGGCAUGACGAGCAAGGUUUGGAGAGACUGGCCCAAAGUUCUGGAAUCCAUCCGACCCGUGGGCCAAAAGAGUCUGCGCGCCGAUGUGGUCGAAGGCGCUAACGUCGCCAUGGACCUGCUUAUGCAACGGAAGUCCAACAACCCGCUCUCCAGCAUCUUGCUCAUCAGCGAUUCGUCCACUUCGGAUGCGGAGAGCGUCGACUUUGUCGUGUCUCGUGCGGAAGCUGCAAAGGUUGCCAUCCACUCUUUUGGUCUCGGUUUGACCCACAAGCCCGACACUAUGAUUGAACUGUCCACGCGUACAAAGGCAUCUUACACCUAUGUCAAGGAUUGGAUGAUGCUUCGUGAAUGCGUGGCGGGCUGCCUGGGCUCAUUGCAGUCCACAUCGCAUUCCAAUGUCAAGCUCAAGCUGCGCCUCCCCGAGGGCUCGCCCGCCAAAUUCGUAAAGAUCAGCGGUGCUUUACAGAUUACCAAACGCGCCACAGGCCGGGAUGCCGAAGCGGCCUUGGGCGACCUCCGCUUCGGUGAUAAACGAGACAUUCUAGUGCAACUGGCAAUCUCGCCAGACACCGCGUCGCCGGAUCAGAUGCCCCAAGAUCCGUGGGAGACGAUUGUUUCAGGACUCGAGGCGCUGGGCGGACCCCUUGACCAGGAUGAACCGCGCAACCUUAGCGUCGAAGAGGUUCCCUUGAUCCAGGCUGACCUGACCUACGGCGAUAUACUAAGAGAAGGGUCUAUUGCGCACCUCCCCCGCCCAUCCUUGCUCGCCAUCACCAUCCUCCCCUCGUCCAAGAAGAGCGCCAACGGACGCCCCCCGACGCCACCCAUCCCGCCCCAUCCUCAUGUCGUGCAGAGGCGCAUGGAACUGCUUACCUCAGACAUGCUGACACGCGCCCUCACCCUCGUGUCACGAGGCCAGCACGAGCGCGCCCACCACCUCCUCAAAGAAACCCGCAGUAUCCUCAAAGGUCUCGGCAAAGGCGGCCUCCCACCCCUCCCCCCUCCCGGCCACCGGAGCAACACAAACGACCUCCCAGGCAGCUCAGCAAGCAGCACAGGCCAUUCCUCCCCCGUAGGCGACAACAACGGCAACCGGCCCCGAACCCCAUCCCCCCAUACUCCCGCCGAAAACCCAUUCACCCCCGCCGCCGGCAUCGACGCCACCACCAUGCACGCGCUCGACGCCGAGCUCGAGUCCAGUCUGGAAUGGAUCAACCACCCUGCCGUCUUUGGCCGCGAUUCUAGGAAAGCCGUACUCCAAGCCAUCGGCGUCAUUUCGUCGCAGCGCGCGUAUACGUUCCGCACGCAGUCCGAGUCGCUGUGGGCCGAUCGCAUCACGGGUGUGCGACGGUUAUCGGAACGGUCGAGGGAGUGGAGAGAGUCUGGUGACGAUCAACCGCUCAUGGAGGAGAAUUGAUCUCUUUCUUUUUUUUUCAACAACGAAACUACAUUCUCUCCGGUCCCUCGCAUGAGAUCUACGCUGUGGCUACACUGCCUGGCCUACCCACACACCACCACCACUUCCUCCUCGGAUUUCUCUUUCCCUCUUCUUUGUCGAUAACCAUAAAAACACGUCCUUAUCCCACGCAUUUCCCCUUUGGUGUUGUGCAGCGCGUAUCGGACAUGCCUUCUUUGCUUUUGGCUGGGGAAAUAAAACGACUGUUGAGAUUCGCUCACGCUUACGCUUGUCAAGCAAUCUUUUUUUUUUUUACUUCUUUUCUUUGUUUAUAUCACGGCCGGUA